UCUCAAUUUCUUUUGACUCGUUACGAGGUUUCUGUAGACAUAGUAGAGAGAGAGAGAGAGAGAGAAGGGGCAAGACCGAAUUAGAGGUCAGUACAAGAAGGAGGAGAAGAAGAAGAAGAAGAAGGAAGCGGGAGAAGAAAGCGCUGGUUUCAGCAGAGAUGGAAUGGCCUGACGAGUACCAGAAGCUCGUCAACACAAUGAUGAACGAUCCCAGGGUGGUGAUCGACAAUGUGGUGUGCGCGACGGCGACGGUGGUGCGGGUAAACAGCGCCCGCAAGCGCGGCAUGCUGCUGGAGGCCGUGCAGUUGCUCACUGACCUCGACCUCACCAUCAAGAAGGGCUACAUCUCCUCCGACGGCCGCUGGUUCAUGGACGUGUUCCACGUCGCCGAUGGAUGCGGCCACAAGCUCGCCGACCCCGCCCUCCUCUCCCGCAUCGAGCGCUCCCUGGGCGGCGAAGCCGCCGCCUCAUCACCCGAUGACAAUAGCUACGAUGGUGAUGUUGGUGGCUUGGCUGGCCUCACGGCUCUGGAGCUCACGGGCACCGACCGCCCUGGACUCCUCUCCGAGGUCUUCGCCGUGCUCCGCGACCUGGAGUGCAACGUGGUGGAGGCCAAGGUAUGGACCCACAACGGCCGCAUCGCUUCCCUCAUCUUCGUUAAGGACCACGACUCGGGCUCCCCCAUCGCCGACGCCCACCGUGUCCACCGCAUCGAGGUCCGCCUCCGCAACGUCCUCCGCGGCGACCACGAUGUCCGCGGUGCCAAGACCACCGUGGUCUCCCCCAGCAUGACCCAUUCCGACCGCCGCCUCCACCAGCUCAUGUUCGCGGACCGCGACUACGAGCGCGUCUCCUCCAACGGGGCAUCGUCGUCAUCGAACGCAUUGGUCGCGGUUCAGAACUGGACCGGGCGCGGUUACUCCGUCGUUAGCGUGAACUGCCGCGACCGCCCGAAGCUUCUGUUCGACGUCGUGUGCACGCUCACUGACAUGGAGUACGUCGUCUUCCAUGGCACCAUAGGCACCGACGCCGAUCGAGCCUAUCAGGAGUUCUACAUAAGGCAUAUGGAUGGAAGUCCGAUCAGCUCCGAAGCCGAGCGGCAGCGAGUGAUCCAGUGCUUGCAAGCGGGUAUCGAGCGCAGAGCAUCUGAGGGACUGAUGCUGGAGCUGAGCAUGCCGGACCGGAGGGGCCUGCUGGCGGACGUGACGCGUACGUUCCGCGAGAACAGUCUCUCAGUGACGAGGGCGGAGAUCACGACCGAGGGCGGGGAGGCCAGGAACGAGUUCCGCGUCACCGGGACCGACGGCCAGCUGCCCGACCGCCGGGUGAUCAAUGCCGUCAUCGAGAGGAUCGGCAAAGACCACCUGAAACUGAAAGAGGAGCGGGCGCCGCCAUCUCACCCGAAGGCAACAGCUCCGCGGGAAGAGGCAGCGGAACACGGCGGCGGCGGGGUGGUGGGGCUGCUCGGCCUCGGUAACCUGGUGAUGAGGAAUCUCUACUACCUGGGCCUCGUCAGGUCCUGUUCUUAGAAACACGGUGAGCGCAAUCGGGAAGGCAUCACAUGCGUUGGUUGUGUAAUUGCACUCUCUUUGCUGCUGCUACAUGGGUCCAGAGUUUGAAUCGGGUUCGAGUCUGUACAUAAGUGAUGGGAGUUGGUGUGCAAGUGAGAAAAUGGAAGCAUAUAUACCUCAUACAAGAGGAUAUCAGGGUCCCAUGUAGGGAAAUGGUGUGUAGCUGUGUACAUAGAAGGACGACGGUAAAGAAUGAAGAGAGAGAGAGAGAGAGAGAGAGAGAGAGAGAGGUUACAAACGGAAAAAGGGAACACUCCACAUAUUGGACUCCUGCCGACUGGAGAACGGUCGGUGAAGGCGGUGGUUGUGAAGGGGCAACCAAUGCCAGCUGUAGGGGAAAAAGGGUGUGGGGCUUUCUGUUACUGUUCUUCCCUUGUUCUGCAUACGCGCUUUCUACAUAGCAUAACAACUGAUCUGCAUUGGUAUUACCGACAUUCCUUGAUCGA